AUGUCUGAAGAAAACAACCGUCUCGACUACGAUGUAAUCAUUAUUGGUGCUGGUGUCUCUGGGAUCAAUUUUGCGUAUAGGCUGCAGGAGAGCCAUCCGGACUUGAGCUACUGUGUUCUUGAGGAACGACAUGAAAUCGGUGGAACGUGGAGUUUGUUUCAGUAUCCAGGAAUACGGUCCGACUCCGAUAUGUUUACGUUUGGCUUUGCAUGGCGUCCCUGGACUCAAAAGAACUCGAUCGCGCACGGCUCGUUGAUCCGUAGGUAUCUCCAGGAGUCAGCGGAGCAGGAAGGAAUCGACCAGAAAAUCAAGUUCCGCCAUCGGGUGGAUAGGAUGGAUUGGUCCACUCGUAAUAAGGCCUGGACGGUUCAUGUCUCCAAAGACGGGGCGGCCACCGUGUCUCUACGCACCCGGUUCAUAAUGAUGGGCACUGGGUACUAUGACUAUCAUGAACCGCUGGCGACCGAUAUUCCUGGGACCAAUCGAUUCCAAGGAACAGUCAUCCACCCGCAGUUUUGGCCAUCCGACAUCGAUUAUACCAACAAGGAUAUCGUCAUUAUCGGCUCCGGUGCGACGGCUAUCACCCUGUUGCCGUCACUAGCGAAGGAAGCAUCUAGUGUGACUAUGUUACAGCGUUCCCCUAGCUAUGUGCUGUCGUUUCCAAGUGAAGACGCUAACGAGAGACUGAUUCGAUGGAUCUGCUCCGAGCGGUUAGCAUCCAGCCUUAUUCGACUCAAAUGGAUCAUCGUGCCGCUCAUAUUGGUGACUUUUUGCCGUUGGUUCCCUAAACUCGCCAAGUGGUUAUGUCUCGAAGUUACCCGCAGGGAGCUCCCCAAGGAGGUGCCAUUGGAUCCCCAUUUCACGCCCAGGUACAAUCCAUGGGAACAACGGAUGUGCUCAUGUCCCGACGGUGACUUUUUUGAAUGUCUCCGGAACGGAAGUGGCAGCGUGGUAACCGGGGUGAUUGAAACAGUGACAGAGAGGGGCAUCCAGCUGCAAUCCGGCGCCGAAUUGAAUGCUGAUAUCAUUAUCACUGCUACCGGAUUGAAAAUGAACAUCGCAGGAGGAAUUCCCAUCACGGUUGACGGAGUCCGGUUUUCGAUUCCGGACCAUUUUAUGUGGAAAUGUACGAUGGUUGAUGGGCUACCGAAUAUGGUGUUUGCUCUGGGAUAUGUCGAUGCUAGCUGGACAUUGGGUGCUGAUGCAACUGCACAGCUGACCUGUCGGAUAUUGAAACAAAUGAGGGAGGAAGGGUUGAGCAUUGUGUCUCCGCGGUGUAGUGAUGAAGAGCAAAGUGAGAUGAAGGAGCUGCCGUUCCUUAAUUUGAACGCUACGUAUGUUAGGAUGGGUGGUUCGGCUUUUCCGAAAGUUGGUGAUCGGCCUCAGUGGGAACCUCGGUCGUACUAUUGGAAGGACCUUAUACGGGCUUGGUGGGGGGAUAUACAGACAGGCUUGGAAUGGUCGAAAUAA